AAAAGAUAUUUAGACACGUUUUUUCUUUCUUUCUUUUAUGAACGUUCGAAACGAAACAUUAAGCUGUCUUGCACGUCAUACAAAAUAUUAAUAAAAAGAUAAUCGUUGAGUGAACUUUAAAAUGGGGUAUAAAAAAAAAGGAGGAUUUUUGUGAAUGAAAAAAAAAAAAAAUUCUUAUGUCAUCAACGUACAUAAAAAUCACACCUCGUAUCGCUUGUUUAUCCAUCUAUUAAUUUUCCAAGCAAAGCAAUGACCAAUUGAAUUCAAGUAAGAUUAAUGAAGAGAGAAUCGGAACAACAUCAUUGGAAAAAUGAUCAAUAUCAACAUAUGUCACACAUACACCCUGAUGUGCAUCAACAUGUUCAAGAACGGCACGAGCAAGAACAACAUCAGCAUCAUUUGGAAUUUCGAUAUGAAACUAAUGAAAAUGAUCAGAAAUUUACAUCUGACAAUCGUCAUGUCGAUUUUCAUAUUAAACAUGAAACUCAUAAUCAACAGGCAUAUCAUAUUAAUCAACAACAAGAAUCUAAUACCUCGCAUCAUCAACAACAGCAACAACAACAACAUCAUCAUGAUUAUCAUGAACAAAAAGAAUCAAAUCAGGAAGAACAAAAAGAAAGACAUUAUCAACAUAAUAUACAGCAAAUGACAGACUUUAUUCAACCUAGUCACGACAGUACGCAUAACAGUGAACAUAAGACUACAGAGACAAUAGUUAACGAGCAAAAUAAUUAUUCUAGUAAUAUCAUAGAUAAACAGACAGACGAACAGAAAUUAAUAUCCCAUCCUUCCUCUGAGCCCUGUACAGAUCUCCACAAUGUAGCAACGCAAUCUGACCUGAAUUUAACAGGACAUCUAGACAGUUCAAAUGUAAGUAACUCUGUUCCCAUACUUGUUCUCCUAAAUUAAACUAGAAACAAGUACGAAAAAAAAGAAAUUGAUAACCUUAUCCGAAUAUAUCCUAAAAACUUCUUUUUAACAAAAUAAAAUUAGUUAAUACGUGAUUGGGGUAAUAUCUUUGUAAUAU